AUGCAGAAUACCAACCACGAUAAAACUUGCAAAAAACGUCGUGCCCGUGCUGCGUGUAGCGCAUGUAACCGACGCAAGGUGCGCUGCGACGUGACACAAACCGGGAUCCCGUGUUCCAACUGCCAGCAUGAAGCUGCUGUGUGCGAGGUACUUCCUCGCAAAAAGCAUCGCCCGCGCAUAUCACGAGUGAGAGCAACAGAGGGCGACCAUAGUACUCUCAACUCGACGACGGCUGAAGCAGAAAUUUUACCUGAUGACAGUGCCUGCUCCUACAUUGGCGACACGCGCGGCCCAAGACAAUCCGUCUACGAGCUAUGCCAUCCGCGCGUCCCGCAAGAAGGGCAUCAGUCACCUAUUGCUCCGGGCAGUUCAACGAAUACAAGUCCCGUUCGCCCGCAACAUGAGCUCGACUAUAUCCAUAACGAAGGCGGAUUCGCCAAGCUCCCAUCAGAUGUCUACCACGAGCUACUCAGGUGCUACUUCUACCAUGUACAUUUCUUCUUCCCAGUCGUCCAAGCGCCACUUGUCCUCGAAGAUUACAACGAAAAUGAAAAUCUAGACAAGAAUCCCUUGUUGUUUUGGAGCAUGAUGCUAGCAGCCACUAAUUUCAUCGAUAAAGAGGUCUGCCAACGAGCAGGCUUUUCUUCUCGAAAAGCCAUGAAGAAAGCAAUGUACACAAGAGCGAAAUGUUUCUACGAUCUUGAUCGUGGGACGGACAAACUGAUCCUGAUCCAAUCCGUCCUUCUAAUGAGCUUUUGGUAUACGGAUGCCCAGGAUCACACGGGGUCAUGGCACUGGGUUGGCAUCGCCAUUACGCUCGCGCAGGGGAUUGGGAUACACCGCUGUGCUGAGACACAGGCACGACAUAACAGUCAAUUCGUGCCUCAGGAAAGACAAAGCCUCACUCAUCGUCUGUGGUGGACCUGCGUGAUUCGCGAUAGGUGGCUGUCUCUAGCGAAGGGCCGACCAAUGCGCAUCCACGACGAGGACUGCGAUGUCUCCCUUCCACGUUCUGAGGAUGUUCUGAAUGAACUCCAAAUUAUUCCUCCAGAAGUUCGCCACAAACUCAUUCCUGCUGACGCAGACAGUCUAGCCCCAAUGUGGGUACAGCUUGUCAAGAUCAGCGCUGCGCUUGGAUGCAUUCUACGCACUCAUUAUCGACUCAAGGGUCCCAAGCCGGGAACUGAGGACAUUGAUGAACUAACUACGUCGCUGCACAAUUGCCAGCCAGAUAUGACGACGGUGUAUGAUGCCAGCGAUACUAUUCUGCUUCACGAGUAUCACCUUCAACUCUUCUAUCAGGCGAGUGUGACCGUACUCUGCCGGCCCUAUGUUCUAAACGCACCUGCAUCAUUCCCAAUUAACUCAUCAGCUGCAUGGCAGAAGAAGAUGCAGGGACGAGCGCGAGCAGCAGCGUCGACCACCAACAGUAUAUUCGAAAAGAUAAUUGAAUUGGAUGCUGUCAGACUCAUCAAGCCCAUGGUCAUCACCUCCUUGAUCCCGGCGAUGCAGGUCCACCUCUUUGACUGCAAAUCAAGCAGCCAGCUCCAAGCCAGUCUCGGCCGGAACAAGAUCCAGCUGUGCAUGCUGAUCCUGGAUAAUUUGCGUGACACAUAUUGGAGUGCAGGCGUUAUGUAUCGACUUUUCGACCGUGCACAGCGCAUUCUGAGUAAUAACACCGGGAAUAGUUCAGCGGCUAGACAAACUUGUGGACUGUCUUCCAAUCCGGAAUAUAGCCAAAUGGAUCAAGAGCAAGAAGAAGUCGCUACUAGGGACGCGAUGAACGGCUUUGCGGCUUUAACGCCAAAUGGUUCUGGCACUGGCAUGCUCGGUGAUGAGUUGUUGCCGCUUGGCAGCAGCGCCAGAAGUGACUUCAGUGCUCUGGAGCAAUUGCUAAGUCCUGGAUUCUCGCUUUCGGAUAAUCAAUCACAAGUAUUCUUUGCAGAUUAUACGAGCAGUGUGAUGGGGGAAGGUCUUUCACUGGGUUUGUAUGAUAUUUGA